AGCCUCGAAUUGCCGCCGGUGUUGUCGCCGGAGAUAUUAUCUUUCCCCUUUCAGUAACUUUUAAUACAGAAUACUAUAGAUACUUGUAGUGUCUAUCACAUAUAUUCUUUAUAAAGUUUUUUUUUUUACAUAAAUUCAAUUCCCGCAUCGAGAUAUUUUUUAACCAUCUUCCAGUAGAUUCUCAAAGCAAAAACAACAGUUUGCAAUUGAAUUGUCCAUUACAAAACAGAAGAGAAGAGAAGAAAGAGAGAGAUUAGGGGUGGUGGUGUUUGAAGAAGAAUGGAAGUGGGGUUUGAUGAGAAGGAGUAUUUAUCAUGCUGUGGAAGCACGAGAUUCGCAAAGGACAUGGCUUUAGCAUCUCCUUUCUCUUCCUUAGAACAUGCCCUUUCUGUUGCCCGAGACAUUUGGUUCAACAACGUUGAUGUCAAUGGUUGGCUUCAAGCCUUCUCUUCUCAUCCUCAAAUCGGUCAAACCCAUUCUCCCUCUCAUGCCUCUCAAACCAGUGCUCAGUGGAGUAAGGGAGAACAAUCAACUGCUUUAGCAACUGCUACUGGUUCUAGCUUACAGGAACUGUCUGAAUGGAAUGCUCGGUAUAGGCAAAAGUUUGGAUUUGUAUUUCUCAUAUGUGCAUCUGGAAGAAGUACUGAUGAGAUACUUGCUGAACUGAAGAGACGUUAUACAAAUAGGCCGAUUGUUGAGUUUGAGAUCGCUGCUCAAGAGCAAAUGAAAAUUACAGAACUACGCCUUGCAAAGCUCUUUUCAAGUAGAGAAAACAUUUCUUCUACAACUGAUAAGUAUUCCACUACUGUUGCUAAAAAGGCAGAAGAAGAUCGGAUAAGCAUUAUUGGGGGUCAUGUGACUGCAGCUUCAGAGACUUCAACAGGAAAAUCACCUAGAACCCGCCCACCCAUUACCACUCACGUGUUGGAUGUUUCUCAAGGUUCUCCAGCUGCUGGUAUUGAGGUACUUUUGGAGGUGUGGCGAGGCACUCAGGCACGUCCAACAUUCGGCGCGGCUGAUGGUGGCAGUUGGUUGUUUAUAGGGUCAUCAGUGACAAAUUCAGAUGGUCGCAGUGGUCAACUUUUGAGCAUAGUUGAUGAGGUGAAUCCAGGGAUAUACAGGAUAAGUUUUAACACUGGGAGGUACAACCCAAGUGGUUUCUUUCCAUAUGUGUCUAUUGUGUUUGAAAUCAAGGAGUCACAGAAAAGGGAACAUUUUCAUGUGCCUCUGCUGCUUUCACCAUUUUCGUUUAACACUUACCGCGGAAGCUAGUUUUGGGACAAAGGUGAUGUUGGUGUUGAUAUUGAGUUACCGUGGAAUGAUUGUUCAAUGAAUGCAGUGGAUAUUUGCGGUUACCUACAAUGAAUAUCUGAAAGUUUUUCAUGAAGUGAACUAGUGUUUGUGCCUAUAGAACAUGAGAAAGAUAAUCUGGGUAUCAUUGGUGUUUGGUUGAUGUAUUUUAUCAGUACUUUUGGUUUAAUAAUUGAGACUUGCAAUA